AUGUCAGCUUCGCCGUUGCCGCCCAAAUGGGUGGUUGAGAUGAACACGCCUCUGGCCAAGAAACCCAAAGCUGGCAACAACAUUCGCAAUCCUCCUGGCUUUGCAGCCAAGCCGACUGGCAAGCAGCAACGCAACGCCCAACCCACGCGCGAACGCCAGCCCGCCGAGACCGAAGCCCUCAAGCUCAAAAAGGCAUGGGAAGUCGCCCUGGCCCCCUCGAAACAGAUCCCCAUGAACGCGAUUAUGAUGUACAUGUCCGGCAACAGCCUGCAGAUUUUCAGUAUCAUGAUGGUGUUUAUGCUCUUCAAGGGCCCCAUCCAGGGCCUGAUUGCUACGAAUGCCCAGUUUCUCAAGUUUGAGACCGAGUCGAACCGUGCAAAGCUCUGGGGUUGUAAGGCAGUUUACGUUUUGAUGCAGUUGGUGCUGCUGGGACUGGGUAUUUGGAAGGUUAAUACGAUGGGCUUGUUACCGUAUGAACUUCUUUUCUUCGUCUCCGUCUUUUGA